AUUUGUUACCGUCACCAAUUUAUGGGCACUGCAUAUUUGAUGUUUAUUGGCAUUUCUCACAAUUCUGAUAAUUUCUCACUUUUUAUCUCACCCUGUCGCUUCUUACGAAACGCUCCGCAUCACUACACGAUGGGAAACAUUGCACUGCGACGCGAAUUCGUACAGUUCAUGUUCAGUAAUCCUUAUUCGUUAGAAUUGAUCGAAUCCAUGCGCAAGGAAAGUCACCUCCGCAAAGUGCAAGACGAACUUUUAUUCUCCACCUUGGCCUACAAUCCACAUUUGGGCGCACCCGGCGCGUGCUUGCGUCCACAUGCUAUCACUCCAACCGAUCCACGAUCGUGGUUUUUGGCGCGUUUUGUGAACUGGAAUGCGACCGAUUGUCCCAGUCGUUAUGCCGUGCACGGUGUGUGCAUCUUCGGUGCGCGUGAUGUUCCGAUCCUGAUUGAACAGCCACACUUAUUUGCAAAUAAGUUUUUCUGGAACUUUGAGCCCGUGGCCUACACGUGUAUGGAAUAUUGGCUGGUCAAACGAAUUCAGUAUGAAAGAAUCUUCCGAUCUCUCCACCCUAGUUUCAAUCGAUCAUUGUAUGCCAACCUGUAUUGCUCUAGCGAGCAUAUCUGA